AUGACUACUACCAUUACCCUUCCUUCUGCUUGUGAUUUUCAUCUUCACCUUCGUCAAGGUGAUAUGAUGCGUAUGGUCACUCCCAAGGUUGAAGAAGGUGGUGUUUCUCUUGCCUAUAUCAUGCCCAACUUACAACCUCCUAUCAAAAAUACAGAUCAGGCACUCAAAUACAAGGCAGAGCUCGAAGCACUUGCUCCUAACGUCACUUUCUAUAUGACCUUGUAUUUGUCUCCAGAACUCACACCAGAAGAGGUGCGUAAAGCUGCAAAAGCUGGUAUUGCAGGUGUCAAGUCAUAUCCUCGUGGUGUCACCACCAACUCUGAAAGUGGUAUUGAGUCCUAUGAACUUUACUACCCUGUCUUUAAAGCCAUGGAAGAAGAAGGCCUUGUUCUCAACUUGCACGGUGAAAUCCCUAGUGAUGACAAUAAGGAUAUCUGUGUGAUGAAUGCCGAAGAAAAGUUCUUGCCCGAACUUGAAAAGAUUCACCAUGCUUUUCCCAAUUUAAAGAUCGUAUUGGAACAUGCUACCACAAAGGCCGCUGUUGAUAUGGUAAAGCGUUUGGGUGAUAAUGUGGGUUGUAGUAUCACUGUGCAUCACUUGCAAUUGAUUGUGGAUGACUGGGCUGGUCAAGCUCAUCAUUUUUGUAAGCCUGUUGCUAAAUUCCCUCAUGAUCGUGAUGCUUUGAGAGAUGUUGUAAAGGAAGGUCACCCUCGUUUCUUUUUGGGUACAGAUUCUGCUCCUCAUCCAAUUGCUGCUAAGGAAGGUCCUCGUUCAAAUGCUGGUGUGUUCACUACACCUUUAGUUCUUCCUUACCUUGCCAAAAUCUUUGAAGAAAUUGACUGUCUUGACAGGUUGGAAAACUUUGCUUGUCAUUAUGGUAGACAAUUUUAUGGUCUCUCUCAAAAGGCUGGAUUCCAAGACAAAAAAGUGACACUGGUCAAGGAAUCCAAUGUUGUGGUGCCUCAAGGUUACGAAAUCUCUGCAACCAAUGCUGAUUUGGGUGUUGUUGUUCCUUUCUAUGCCAAUAAGGAUAUCGGAUGGAAGAUUGUUGAGAACUUUGUCUAG